AUGUCAUUCAAUGAUACCCAAUUCAAUGGCACAUUCUCCGAGGAUGAUGGUGGCACAGUGGAAAUGAAGGCAGUGUCUUUUUACACACCUUUGAUUUACGUUUCGAUCUUGGUGAUAUCAUUGAUCGUGUUCGCAUCGCAUUACCGCAAAAAAACAGUAAAAGAGUUGAACGAACUACCUUCUCUGUUCGACGAAUCGGUCGCCAGGGACCUGUACUUCGAGCUGAAACAAAUGAACGAUAGUGGCGAAGCCAAGAUCCAUGAAAAAGUGCUCAAAGCUGCGCUUUUAAACCGUGGAGCAGAAGCCAUCAGAAGGACGCUGAAACUCAAAGAAUCCGAACCACAAAUAACAAUGCUAUACAAAAAUGGGUGUGUCGGUGAGGAGUACUGGAAGCGGUACCAAAAUGAGGUGAAACUUGUGGACCUGGACUUCAAAGAUGCGUUACAAACUGCAGAAUUAAUGCAGCCAGGCUGGCCUCAACUCUUCGUUGCCGUUAGCAAAGAGAUUUGUUUCAACCAGGCAUUGAAAAGACGCUUUCAAGCUAUCUUGCUGCGUAAAGAGGUGUUUUCCAAGCAGUGGCAGGUGAAUUUUGACAGCACGGGCAAGCUCAUCGAGUAG